GUAUUAACUUAUUGUUGUUAAGUUAUCUCUAUAGUCUAUAUAGGUACUGUUGUUAUAUUGAAUAUACUAAGUGGUGCAUUUAUUAAUUACAACAUCAUGGCUAAUAUUCUUUUUUUGACUUCCAUAAUGCUUCUAAGAUUUUACUUAACGGAACAAACAAAAUUCUCACUCGAAAACAUGAUUGUCAAGCCAGACAUAUUAUUUAAGCAAAGUAGCAGACAUGGUGCUCCCUUUUUAUGGGAAACAGAACAAAUUAUGAGGUUGGCAAAAAGGAGAGUUGAAACCACUACUAAAUCAAAAGAGCUGAACAAAACCCUCGAUUCCGGGGUCGUAAAAGACAACCGGAUUCACAAGGAAUUUGACGCAAGAAAACGCUGGCCCCAAUGCAAAACAAUCGGUGAAUUCCGCAAUGAAGGAAACUUCGCUUUGUCUUGGGCUUAUGCCGCCGCCGGGGUAUUGGCAGACAGAAUGUGCAUAGCGACUAAUGGAAGUUACAAUCAACUCAUAUCCACCGAAGAGCUAAUUUCAUGCAGUGGUGUAAGUGGUGGUUACCACGGUAUUGUUUCAGAACGCGAAGUUUGGGAAUAUUUGAAAAGUCACGGCUUGGUCUCCGGUGGAAAAUACAACACUAGCGAUGGAUGUCAACCUUCCAAAAUUCCACCAAUUGAAGAAUAUAUGGAAUAUUCAGAAAUCAAAAACUAUACAUGCAACGACCACUGUUACGGUAAUAAAACGAUCAAUUACAACGAUGAUCACGUGAAAGUUAGCAACUACUAUCAAGUACAAUAUGAAGAUAUUCAAGAGGAAGUGCAAAAUUACGGUCCAGUCUCAGUAGAGUUCUACAUUCGCGAUGACAUUUUUACUCCAUUUUUAAGUAUUAAUCCAAGAUUUCAAAGGAGAAAAUACAAAGGAUAUGUGAAGUUAAUUGGAUGGGGAGUCGAAAAUGGUGAAGACUAUUGGUUGUUGGUCGACUCUUGGGGGUAUGAACGGGGACAGAAUGGAGUUUUCAAAGUCGAAAGGUUCAAAACUGUAAAGGCGGAUUCCAUAACUCAAGCGUAUGCAGGUGUACCUGAAAUAAAAUAGUGUUAUGUUCUUAUAAAAUAAUAAUAUUUGUAAUUUUAAACCAACUUGAAACAACAUUCAAAUACACAAAUUAUUCGACUGUAUUUAAUAAUAUAAUCUUUUAUUCAAC